GCCUUGAUUGUGUUUAGCGCACUUAAACGAUUUUUGGCCAGAUUGUUUAUAUUUUCAAACGAUUUUCCAAUUCCAAGACAAAAUGAGCCACAACCAGCAAAAGCGCGCCAAACUUGCCGCCAAAGCAGAAGAAGAAGGAAGCACCCCGGACGCCAGCGACACCACCACCAGUGCCAUCACGACGACAGCAGCAGUGAGCAGACGGACCAUUAUGGAGGGUACAAAGCUGCUUGUGAAGAAGCUCACUGAGCACGCCACCAUCCCCACACGUGGAUCCUCUGGCGCCGCAGGCUAUGAUCUCUACAGCGCGUACGAUGUGAAGAUCCCGGCAAAGGGCAAGGCGAUUGUGAAGACUGACAUUGCCGUCGCCAUUCCGCAGACUUGCUAUGGCCGAGUUGCUCCUCGGUCCGGGCUGACGGUCAAGCACUUUCUUGACGUGGGCGCUGGUGUGAUUGACUCUGACUACCGUGGCAACGUUGGGGUCGUCAUGUUCAACUUCAACGACACAGAUUACAGCGUAUCCAAGGGCGAUCGCGUCGCCCAGCUCAUCCUGGAGCGCAUCUACACCCCAGACGUCCAAGAAGUCGAGGAUCUUGAGGACACGGCUCGCGGCGAGGGCGGGUUUGGUUCGACCGGCAAGCAGUGAGGAACGUGGCCCGUGGCCAGCUGCCAUGCCAUCUGUCCCCGCCCGCAACAAUGUGUUCCUUGUUUCUCUGCCCUCAUCAUGCUUGGGUGUUACAUUCUGCGACCACUUUCACACAGCCACUCGCUUAAUCGAACCCCCUUCUCCCCCUCUCCUCAAUGGUGAUGUUGGACUGUGUUUGGUGCGCAGUUGUUGGCGUUGCGACGUUUGUGGUGGGGGGUUUUCGUUUCAUUUCGAAUACAACAACGACAUUGAGACA